GCCAUAUUUUCAUCAUUUCUUCUGUUAAUAUCGCCAUGUUUGCGUGAGCCAAAAUGAAGAAUAUUAGAAAAAUCUGACCCAACAACAGUCUGUCUGGUGCCAACAGCCGCGGUUAUUCCAGCUCCAAGUAGAAGUAGAAGAAAAAUACAAAGCUGGAUAAAAUUAUUUUGAAACCAACUAGUGGCAAAACAUUCAUCUCAGAGUUCCCUCACUCAGAUUCCGGGUUGAGCGCUUAUAUCGGAGAAAUUCUUACCAGCCUGCCGUUGCUGCAAGCACACCUCUGCUAUACUACGAACCGACCGAAGUCAAUCCUCGGACGGGACAAGCUCUAGGCUGCAUCCCGGCUACUUACCCUAUCUAUUGGGUUACAUGCUAUUUUAGAUGUUGUGCUCUAAGCAUAACAUCAUCAGAAGAACACCGACUGCUGCCGUUCAUGCCUUGAGCUCAACAAUCUGCACAAUGAAGAUCAUCAUAUUCUUUGUACUGGCUGGAUUCAGCCUCGCUCAGGAAGAAGAUCUCAAUUGUCCAGAAGAAAUAAUUCCUAAGGAAAAUGAAGAAUGCAUGACCGAAACUUUAGAGACACUUUCAGAUUCUACAAAAGAACUAAAAACAUUCAUUUGUAAAUACCAAGGAACGUUUGAUGACAAUGAGGACAAUUAUGAUUCUUCUAUGAAAGAAAUAAUUCGGGCAUUGGCUUGUUCCGGUUGUGACGCUGAUAAGUUGCUUGGGAUGAAAAACGAAACAUUUGAGGAGAUCUUCGAAGAUAUCGGAAAAAUUGGUGAUAAAGGAGGAGAACUGGUAGUGAAGGUUACAGACGCACUAGGACUAACUGAAGGUUUAACAACAUUUUUAUGUCAUCAGGUCGGAGAUGUCUUGGUAGCAGAAUGUAAAGAAAAGCUCCUUAAGAAAGAGGUUCCUGAACUCCUUAAAGACCUGAAAAAACUGUACUGCAAGUAUGACCUAAAUAAAUUAACUGGAGAAGACACCGUAGAAAUGAUGAGUAUUUUGGGUUGCAUUGGAGACAAAACUCUUCACACAAAGGAAACAUUGAAAAAUAUGUUCAGAGACAUUGGUGAUGACCUAAAGCCUACACUAGACAAAAUUCUUGACGCUAUUAAGGAAAUCACCGCAAAAGAAGGAUUAGUAAGCGAUGUUGUAUGUGAUGUGACCGAGGUCGUAUUAGGUGAAAAGCCUUUACUUGAUGUUGGAGGAGGAAAUGGACCUGUUGGUGAGGUUCUUCAUGGAGGAGAUGGAGAUGAUGGAGGUCUUCUUGGUGGUCUUGGUGAAGUUCUUGGAGGAGAUGGAGAUGAUGGAGGUCUUCUUGGUGAAGUUCUUGGAGGAGAUGGAGAUGAUGGAGGUCUUCUUGGUCGAUAAUAGAAGAUGUCCCCCGACCAUCCCCCACACACGGGUUAUCGGACAUAAAUAGUAGAAGAGUAGAAAGUGCGCAAUAAAAAAGACAAAAAAAAACAUAAAACCAUAAAUUCAUAUUUAGAUUUUCUUGAUGAUCAACAAAUCUGUUUCUUAUAAAUCUUUUUUCUUCUGAUCAAUAAAUA